AUCACCUUGAUCCCUGACUGAGAAAAGGAGGAUUUCAUUAUCUGGAUUAUUCUGAUCAAGAUUACAAGUUUUGAAAUACUGGGCCCUGCUGGGGAUCACGCUCAGCCUGAACUGACCGUAGUUAUAAUAAUACACGCGCACUACAAUCUAACUGAAGCUGGCCUUGGUUCGGAAGCGGCGGCUCACAUGUCUGCAGUGGUGCUGUCUCCCUUGCGCUCCACAGCCGUGCAGGUGCUGAGUCUGACCGGCACACCGAGCCCAACGGGUCUGUGAGGCUAUAUACCGGCUUCCAAGGCAGCUAGACUCCUCUCCUCACCACUGUUGCAUAAGGAGGACUCUGUUGCUGUCUCUCGUGUGUCGAAGACUGGAUGAGUUGGACAGAGCGGUGGAAUUGACAUUUCCACACCUGUUGACAUAACAAGCGAAAGCAUCAAAGGCAAAAGAAAGAGGCCUCCAUAAUUCAUGUGGCCAUUAGUACCUGCUGGGAAAGAUGAGUACAGACAGACCCAAACGGAAUAUCAUCAAAAAAAAAUAUGACAUCAGUGACGGGAUGCCAUGGUGUGAAGAACGUCUGGUCCGCAAAGUUCUUUUCCUCUCCCUCAGGGAAUUCAGAGACACCCACCGUGCCACACACAAACACUCGCACAUACACACGCGUGCACACAAACGCACUUCAAAAAAUACACUCUUACAUGCCCAGCGAAAGACGCAGACACUUCCUGAAACACACACAGAGAAAAAAAGGCGCACAAGACAGAGUGUGCACACGCCACAACAAAGAGUCACACACAAACCACCAAACACACAGAAAAACGCACACAGUGCAAAAAAUACAGACAUUUCAAAACAUCUCCGCCCUCACGAACACACUAACAAAGGGCAAAUAUCUAACUUGUCUCAGGACUCACACACACCAAAAAAUAAAUGUACUCAAACACCACAGAACAUGCAAACACAAUUAAAAAUGUGUGCAGGGAAAGUUAAUAACACUGUACCCCAAACACACCAACAAGAAAAUACACACAUGUUCCAGAAUUCUGAGUCGACCAGGACACUACGCUCACAUAAAACACAAAAUACAUUGUUGCUGUUAAACUCAAAAUACACUGAAACUGCAAAACACACACACACUACUCAGAACAAACACUCUGUGAAAAACACACAGACACUGCUGAGCCCUUCUGCCCCUGCGAGGACCCUGCGCUCACAUACUCCUACAAGCCUCAGUGGUUCCCUGGUUAAUGGCAUCAGCCAGUGUCAGUCCCUCCUGUCAGCUAGUCCAAGCUGGAGCUGGUCCUUACAGACACGCCCUCAACAGCGCUGCCCUGCUAGUAUACAUCGUCACAAGGUUGACCCUGCCAGCAAGAGACCAAAGGUGCAAGCGCAGAGGAAGUUUGCCCAGUCCCCUCCCAGCUCCCCAGGAUCUCCUGUGUUGAUGACACCAGCACAAAGUAAUCACAGCCACAACUUGGCCAUGGUCACUUGUCUGACAAGACGCCGACCCAAGACUGAGGACUUCUUGUCUUUUCUUUGUCUGAGGGGUUCAGCAGCAUUGCCUAGCAGCAUGGCCUUCUUAGCAAGUGGACAAGCAAAGGAGCCAGCUGGCACUCAGCAUCUCACUUCCUGUCUUUCCACCAAUCACAGGACUGCAACUAAGGGGAAGAACAUGAGCAUAUUCAGCAGAUCAACAGUGCAGCAAGACUCUAGGUCUCUGAGAGGAAGGCCUGGAGGCUCUGCAACAGUCAGGUCCUUCUGCCCUCUAACUGCCCGGGCACAGAGGAGGAGGGACAGAGAGAGGAGAGAGGAGGAACAGCAAAGGAGGAGGAGAGAGGGGGAGGAGAAGGACAGGAGAGAGGGAGCUGAGAGACACCUACAGAGACCUCCACAGCUCUCCCUACAGGUCAGGAGGACUAACAAGGUUGCCCUGAUGACUGGACUCUCUGAACAAAGAACCUCUUGUGUCAGGUCAGUUCCUACCUUAAAGCCUAGGACAGGGGUGGGCAGCAGAUGCCCCCCCAGGCCCUGCACAAGGCCUAGCAGUACCUGUAAACCAAGACUCCAGGAAACCAACAACAACCACCUCUCCCGGCAUAGCAAACACCAACUGCCUCGCAAUCAGCACCUUCCUCUUCACCACCGAACAGUUUCUAACUACUAUAGCAACCCCAAGACCUUCAGUAGUCUCCAGAACUCAGGAAGACAUUCAAGCAGGACUCCAAAUCAAAUACCAUUGACUAAUGGCUCAGUCAUCAGACCGCUGAGUGAGAACCCCGGGGUCCUAAGGUUGUCCAGAAGAAGAAGAGGCCUCCCACCAGAUACCAGCCCUAGCCCCCUGAAUCGGGUUCCUUCGGACAUCAACUCAUCGAAGAAGUGCGGGACAGUGCAAUGCGAAGACGGUGAUGUCCCAUUGGAGAGUGACUACCAUACUGGUGAGAUACUACAGAAGAAGAUGGACUGUGCUAAAGAUGGUAAAGAGGGGUAUGUGAGUAAUACUGGAGAAAUCACUGGUAGUAGUCAUGAUGAAGAACUUAGACAAAAUAGAUGUGGCCGUGUUGGAGAGAUGAGACUAGAGAGGGGCAGCUGCAUUAGUGACGAACUACAGGACAAGGUGAAUGUUAGAGAGUUAAGCUUGACCAAGGUCUCUGCUCUGGAGCCCUCUCAAAAAAGGGUCAACUUUACCAGCAUUAUCACAAACGUUGACAUCAGCCCUGUCAGUGAGGUCAUGUAUCGACAUGUCAGAGAAAAGAGGCUCCAGAGAAAUCAGCCUGCUUCAUCCACAAUCCCUAAGCUAAUUACCAGAACUGCUGAUUCUAGGACUGUUGCCAGAGCUGCUACUGCUAGGACUUCUAUAACUAAAGCUGCUAUCAACUCAGUGACACCUAUACACAUACACACUGACCCACCAGCCACUUACUCUGCCAAGCACACUGCUAAGGGUACUAACAAAGGUGCUAGCAAGGACAAUACCAAGUGUACUUCACCAGCCAGCAGUUACUCUAUCCAUAAUUCUAAAGGUGCUGCAAAAGAUACUUCCAAGUGUACCACAGAAGACUCGACGAAGGACAUUGCACCUGUCAGUAGCUAUUCUACCACUUCCGAGGGCUCAACAAAGGGCCUUAACCAGACAAAGUCUACUACCUCAGCCAUCAAGACCAGGUCCAGCCCUAGAAUCCUUCUGAAACAUUAACAAACACCUGAACUAUGUCUGAAAACAUGUUCUCACAGAUUCAUUAUUCGCAAUAUUUAGAAUUGUUGAGGAAGACAGUUUUGAAAAUAGUAAAAACAACAUCAGAUACUGUUGAUCAUUAGCACUGCAUGAUGAUGGUUGUUGGCUGGUUGGAUAGUAACCCGUGACUAUGUACUGUUCUUUACAUUUGUCAGUGAUUGUGGGAUUCAUUUAAUUCGAUAUAGGAAAAUAAAUAAUGAGAAGAGAGCGUAAUGGCAGACACUUUGUAAAAUGGACAGUAUAGUGAAAAGUCACUAUUUUUAGAUGGUCCCUUGCCGUAUCUGAAAAAGUAGCUUAAUAUUUUUGUAUUAAUAUAUUCACAUAUGAAAGGCACUGGUUUAAUCAAAGCACAUAGUUUACUUGAGUCAGUCUACUGUACAGUUUUCAGUAGCAAAGGUUACAGUACAGUCUUGCCAUUUCAGUUAAACAAGAAUAAUGGGCCUCAUUCACCAACUAUUCUGUAAAAGACAUUUCUUCUUAAAAACCACUUAUGCAGCUUUCACAAAGAUUCUUACAUUCACAACUGUUUCCUUAUUUGGGAUUUUUUCUUAGGUAAGAAUGUACACAUA